GUCAGGCCGCGCGCCGAGGCUGCCGGCGGGAGUGGAUCUGCUGCUCUGGCUACGGGAGAGUGACCCUGUGAGCAUUGGGUCUUGUCGUGGCGAUGGCCUCGUUCGUGACAGAAGUUCUGGCACACACGGGGAGUCUGGAGAAGGAGGAUCUGGGCACUCGGAUCAGCCAUCUGACUCGGCGGGUGGAGGAAAUCAAGGGUGAGGUGUGCAGUAUGAUCAGCAAGAAGUACAGUGAAUUCUUGCCUAGCAUGCAAAGUGCACAGGACCUUGUUACACAAGUGGACAAGCUAUCUGAUGACAUUGACCAGCUGAAAUCCAGGAUAGAGAGUGAGGUCCGCCGGGAUCUUCAUGUAUCAACCACUGAAUUUACAGACUUGAAACAGCAAUUGGAAAGAGACUCGGUAGUCCUCAGUUUGCUUAAACAGCUACAAGAGUUUUCUACUGCUAUUGAAGAAUAUAAUUGUGCAUUAGCAGAGAAGAAGUAUGUCACUGCUGCUCACCGUCUAGAAGAGGCACAGAACUGCUUGAAGUUAUUAAAAUCCAGAAAAUGCUUUGAUUUAAAAAUGUCGAAAUCUCUCAGCAUGGAGCUUACGAUACAGAAACAGAACAUACUGUAUCACCUUGGAGAGGAGUGGCAGAAGCUGAUUAUAUGGAAGUUCCCACCAUCAAAAGAUAUGAGCAACUUGGAAUCUUGUCUACAAACAGAACUUCAUUUAUACACUGAACAGUCUCAAAACGAAGAGAAGACCCCUGUGCCACCAACCAGUUCUGUCCUCUUGGCAUUUUCUAUUCUAGGAGAGCUACAUACCAAGCUUAAAUCAUUUGGUCAGAUGCUGCUGAAGUAUAUUCUUAGGCCUUUGGCAACUUGCCCCUCCCUUUUUGCUGUGAUAGAAAGGCAGCCUAACAUCAUUAUUAUUCGUUUUGAAUCUGUGAUGACUGACUUGGAACAUCCAUCACCAUCUGAAGUUUUUGCGAAGAUCAGACUGGUGUUGGAAGUGCUGCAGAAACAACUAGAUUUCCCUCUUGAUGCUGAUCUAGAAAAUGAAAAAACAUCUAAGAUCAUAUUGGCUGAGAUGCUUGGUGACACGAUCUGGGAAGACUUGUCUGAGUGCCUCAUUAAAAACUGUUUGGUUUAUUCUAUCCCAACAAAUAGCAGCAAGUUACAGCAGUAUGAGGAGAUCAUACAAUCCACUGAAGAAUUUGAAAAUGCCUUAAAGGAGAUGAGGUUUUUAAAAGGAGAUACUACUGAUUUGCUGAAAUAUGCCCGUAACAUCAAUUCUCAUUUUGCUAACAAGAAAUGUCAGGAUGUGAUUGUGGCAGCUAGAAAUCUAAUGACCUCUGAAAUUCACAACACUGUGAAGAUUACUCCUGAUUCUAAGAUAAGUGUACCUGACUUACCCAGCCCUGAUGUGGAUGACAAGCUACAAGUACAGAAAAUGUCCAUAACUCAGUACAGUGAAGUGGUGAAUUUAGAGCCUGAAAAUACAUUGGACCAACAUUCCUUUUCUUUGCCCACAUGUCGUGUCAGUGAAUCUGCGAAGAAAUUAAUGGAACUUGCCUAUCAGACUUUACUAGAGGCGACAACCAGCAGUGAUCAGUGUGCUGUUCAACUUUUCUACUCAGUAAGGAAUAUCUUCCAUUUAUUCCAUGAUGUCGUACCAACAUAUCAUAAGGAGAACCUUCAAAAACUGCCCCAGUUGGCUGCCAUUCACCAUAACAACUGUAUGUAUAUUGCUCAUCACUUGCUGACCCUGGGACAUCAGUUCAGAUUUCGUCUUGCUCCCAUUCUUUGUGAUGGCACUACUACUUUCGUGGAUCUUGUACCUGGCUUUAGGAGACUUGGGACAGAGUGUUUUUUGGCCCAAAUGCGAGCACAGAAAAGAGAACUUCUGGAAAGAUUAUCAAGUGCUAGGAACUUUUCAAACAUGGAUGAUGAAGAGAACUAUUCUGCAGCAAGUAAAGCAGUCCGUCAGGUACUGCACCAACUAAAGAGACUUGGAAUUGUGUGGCAGGAUGUCCUGCCCGUGAAUAUAUAUUGCAAGGCUAUGGGGACUUUACUCAAUACUGCAAUUUCUGAGAUCAUUGGCAGAAUCACUGCCCUAGAGGACAUCUCUACUGAAGAUGGUGAUAGAUUGUAUUCCUUAUGCAAAACAGUGAUGGAUGAAGGACCUCAAGUAUUUGCACCUCUAUCUCAGGAAAGCAAGAACAAGAAAUAUCAAGAAGAGGUUCCAGUCUAUGUGCCAAAAUGGAUGCCAUUUAAAGAAUUAAUGAUGGUGUUACAGGCCAGCCUGCAAGAAAUUGGGGAUCGGUGGGCAGAUGGAAAAGGGCCCUUGGCAGCUGCAUUCUCUUCCAGUGAAGUAAAAGCUUUAAUUCGUGCCUUGUUCCAGAACACAGAAAGAAGAGCAGCUGCCCUUGCUAAGAUUAAAUAGCUCCACCUUCCCGAGAAAGCCAUGUCUUUACUAUGGAUUUCUCUCUUGGCAUAAUUACUCAUUUAGAGACUUCUUAGAGUCACCCACUGGUUUUGGUGAACCAAUAUAUCAUGGAAGUUUUAUUUCACCUAAGAACGCCUUACCUCUUGGCUUGUAGGAGGCCAUGUUGAAUAACUGGAUGUUAAGAUGUCAAGUGAAGCACCUUACUUUGUUGAAUUUCUAGCCACCCUUCUUAGAUAAGAAACUGUAGAGCAGCAUUGUUUUAUGUUACUUCUAGGGCCUUCUGGGAACCAUAUCCAUUGUAAAUGUAGGCCCUGGCCUCGGAUCAAGGAAUCCAGGAGAUUCCAGGAGUCAGGGUAAAGAAUUUGUGAGCAAACAGGAGAUAUAUUUUGGGGGGUAGGGGAACCAUAUUUGGCUUUGCAGAAAUUAAGAAGACUUCCUUUAAGAUUUUUUCCAAUAAAUAAUGCUUUUAA